AUGGAAGAUCACCAGCAACCACCACUCUCCAAUCCCACCAUCCACAGGGGACGAAGUGAUCUAGAUCACGAAUCACUAUCAAAGCUAUUCGGAAAACUUCUGAACGAGCUGACACUCACCAUGUCGGACUUCGACGCGGCGAUGGGAGCUUCACCGGCUGUUCCUAGUGGGCCCGAUGUUCUUGGGCUUGCUGCUCCUCAUGCUUUGAAGAAGGUAAAGAAGCAAAAAGUCCUUCUUAUGGGAAAGAGUGGCUCUGGGAAGUCGAGUAUGCGCAGCAUAAUCUUCAGCAACUAUUUGGCCCGGGAUACCCGCAGAUUAGGCCCCACCAUUGAUGUUGACUUAUCCCACGUCAAGUUCCUCGGAAACUUGACGCUGAACCUAUGGGACUGCGGUGGCCAGGAGGCCUUCAUGAACAACUAUCUUUCCCAGCAAAGGGCCCACGUCUUCAGCAAUGUGGGUGUUUUGAUCUAUGUCUUUGACAUUGAGAGCCGCGAGGUUGAGCGUGAUCUGGCCACCUACAUCAACAUCAUUAGCGCUUUGGUCCAGUAUUCCCGUGAAGCCAAGGUGUUUGUACUUAUCCACAAGAUGGAUCUCAUUCAGCCUGUUACGCGGGAAGAUGUCUUCGAAAAACGUGCUGUCUUGGUCAAACGUAAGACUGCCGAGGCGGUUGCUAUUAUGCGCAAACAGCAGCAACACCAGCAGUCACAGUCACCUCAGUCACCUAGCAAUCCUGUCCUCGAUAUUGAUCUCCAACUCUUCGCCACAUCUAUUUGGGACCAGUCGCUCUACAAGGCCUGGGCAUCCAUCAUCCACGAUCUGGUCCCUAACCUGUCUGUGAUUGAAACCCAGCUAGCAAGUCUGGGCAUGGCCAUUGAUGCCGAUGAGAUACUACUUUUUGAGCGCACUUCCUUUCUCGUCGUCUCAAAAUGGACCUCCCGCGAGGGCGAGCGCAACCCAUAUGGCGACCGCUUCGAGCGCAUGAGCAACAUACUCAAGAGCUGGAAACAUACAUGUUCGAAAUACACUGGUACCCCACGCAAUGCCGAGCAAUUCUCCGAGUUUGAAUACAAGAUGGGCACAACGUUUAGUAUGUUUGCCACCAAGUUCACCACUAAUACAUACAUCCUUGUGUGCAUGCCACCAGGCGAGGCCCGGUUUAACGCCGCGAAGCUGAAUGUUGCAGCCGCAAGGCCGUGGUUCAAGUUCUUAGACGGGCCUGUCACAGUGGCGCAUAGCGCUAUGUCCUCGCAUCAGCAACAGCAUAUACCUGUUGGUACACCCACUAGUGCUGUGAACAGCAGCAAUGGGAACGGGGGACCAUCUGAUUCCGGGACAACGGUUCCGGAAUACUUCAUGGCUAACAAAGAUACAGUACUGUAG